AUGGCUGGCACCAGUCUCAGCAACAACGAUUCUAGCGUGUUGUCGGCACUCUUCGACCCAGAAGCUUCAUUAUCCAAAUUUGCGCGGAUAGAAGAUUCGAUACCGACAGGAAUGAGCCUGGACGAGCUCAGGCACCUACAAGACUGUGAGCGCGACGCUAUCCGCCCUAUCAAUGGCGAAAACCCAAGCACAGUUGAUAUUGAGCAGUCGAUAUCGAGGCUUACCAAAAUUAUCGAUGCCAACUCACAGUAUGCAUCCGCAUUGGCAAACCGAGCACAAGCACGUCGGAUGCUGUUUCGAGAUGAGAAUCUUCGAUCACACCCAGAUUCCGUGCGGCAAAUAUUUGCAGAUCUUUCUGAAGCCAUCAGACUCUCAACGCCGAAGGACAGCGCAGAUACUGUCUCAAGUUCUCAGGCCAAUGUACUAGCAUCCGCACAUACUCACCGAGGGUAUCUACUCCUUCUCGCAAGUAAGGAUGAGAUCAAUCGACAAAUGCUGGCUUAUACUGUUGGGGUAGCGGAAUUGUCUUUGGAUGAAUUGGUAGAGGCGGCGAGCCGGGAAUUUGGGCUAGGAGGACGCUAUGGAAAUGAUUCGGCUAAACAGAUCGCUGUCAAAACCAACCCAUACGCCAAGUUGUGUGGAUCCAUUGUGAAGGAAGCUCUGACGAAGGAGAUAUCUGAUUACUACCAGCUGCAGAUCCAAACAGUAUAG